AUGGAACGUCAUUGGCAUGAGGUGCUUAUCCAGAACGAUGAGGCGGACCGAUAUUUUGCCACCGCUGCCCCGCUGCUUGUAAAGGCACUUCGUUUGAUUGCAUCUGUGCGGGCGUUGCCACUGGCACUAAAUGUCGCAUGGUGGGAAUCUGAAAUUGCCCAUGUUGAUGACUCGCGUCUCGUGCACCGCAAGGCCCGCGAGCAGGCACGGAAGCUACGCGAAAUAUUAACGCCGCAAUUGGAGUCUAUCUACGGCUCUCUCUCGCAUCUGCAAAGUGCAAGGGUGGAGUCGCAGCAUUCCCACUCCCUUUUACGCUGCCACGAAGGUUUAAUUGCGCCACGCGACAUGACGAUGGACACCCUUUUGGAGUCGCAGCCGGUUUUUGACUACAAAAACUUCCGUGCACAGUUUGAGGGACUUUGCCAGGUGAUGGCCAACUCAUUGCUCUUCUCCGCCUGUGAGCCCCGCAUCAAAGUGCUGCAGAGUCGCUAUCGUCUGUAUCGUGCCUUUAAUGGCGUGCGUGAGGAUGAUUUUCAUCCAACACUCGGUGGAGGGAGCUACGAUCGCGCCCCGAAACUUGACGUGCGACGCAUUGGAAGCUGCAUGUCGGCGAAAACAUUGGUGGAGUUCAUGCAGCAGACGCUAGAGGAGGAGCCGGAAAUGGUUCUUCCUGCACGUGACGCAAUUUCACCCUUGAGUUUGGGAGCCAAAAAAAUUCGUGUAGAGCCGGAGGGUCUGCAGUCGGUAAAUGAUGGAGUUGGGAAUCUUCAUGAGGAUCACGAGGAGCGUGACCCCACAUUAAAGGAACUGGUGGACAUUUUCUUUGGCCCCUCUCUUCCACCGGAGGAACGGUAUUUUGCGGCGGAUGGCUUAGGAUUGCUUCCCAACUACGCGGAGACGACAGGACGCAGUUUGGAUGGCUUUGAAAAACGAAAUGCGACGCAGUCUGCUAGUGCUCGUGCUAUGCCACUGCUUAAACACUUUCUUGAUAUUUAUGCCGGUAACAGGGGCGAAUUACUUGCACGACUCGUAAUGCCGAUGUUGUCCAGAAUUGUGACGAGGGAACAGACGAUGUUGGAGAUGGAGUUCACAGCCACAGGGCGUGUCCCUGGAGAGGUGCAACACAUUGCAUCGUGGUGUGUUCGCUGUGGAUUAGUCGCAACUAAAAAAGUGCAAUUGGCCCUGCGAAUUGUGCAGGAACCACUUUCUGCAGGGGAGGUUGAAGGCACCGCCGAGAACAUGGAAGAUGUAUUAAAAAAUAUAUUUGUUCCCAUCUGGAUGGCUCUUCUGCAGCCACAGGAUCAUUCGGACAUGGUGCAAUUUCUUCAGCAACUGGCUUCCGUGGUGGUGGUGGUGAGUGGCGACGCUGAUGUGCAGGAAAUGCCGGCGGUGAAUGACCCCAAGAAGUAUUCCGUGGAAAGUGGUGUGGCGCCGCCGGAUGCCUUUUUCAUCUAUCAUGUCUGGCGGAAUGUUCAGCUGUUAAAUUGUUUGGCUGUUGCCCACCUCUUCUUUGCCUCCGAUCGGCGGGAACCCGAAGGGGCAACAGAGGGAGACGCCGUGAACGCCGGUUAUUUCUUGCCAGGACAAUCGCUCUUUUUGCACCACAGCCCCGUUUUGACACGGCCUCUCCGUUUUCGUGUGUGCACCUCAGCCACAAGCAAAAACUCCUUUAUGGAAAGUGUCAUGGGGUUACUCGUUGCCGAUGAAGUAAUGAACCCGGUCGAUGUAUUUAACUGGAGCCCAUUGGCGUACUUGUACUACUUGACGCAGCGCCGCAUUGUUGUUACGCCAGCACGAAACGACAUUAGUCCCUUGGAUUCUGCUGUGCAGAAAGAAAUACUGUUUAUGGUUGAGACAGGCCUUAACGGCUCGGUUGCCACACUUGACCCACUGCAUUAUAAUACAACGGACAACGCCCUUUGCGAGACGUUGAAUGGACUACAGAAGAGCUGCCGUCUUGCCCUUGCCGAGAUUACAGAGCUUUGCCUUCGAUCUGCCGAGCAUGCUAACUGGGGAAUGAAGCAGAGGUGUGAAAUGUUUGGUGGGCCAUGGGAAAGGGUGUCUACACGGUACAGUGAGUUUACGAAAACGCAGGUGAACCCCUUAAGGCUGCUUUUUCGGGAAUCGUCGCUGGCCCAUGAAGUAGACCUUCUUUGUCGAAAAGGCCUGAAAGAGGAAUCCAGUUUUUUGGUCAUGAGCAGAGAAGAGGAAGAGGGACAAAAAGCUUUAUUUUCUGGAUUCACACAGGUGAGGAAUGCCUCUUCCAACUUUGGAGGGUUUUUACCAACGUCAAAAACGCUGGCGGCGCAACGUGAAACAUUGUGGCGUUUCUUUAAGGUGCCACAUUACAACCCGCCUGACAACGUUGAGUGCGGCGGGACGUGGUGGGAUUUUGUGGAUCGUCAGAUUGAGUACCCACGCAUCAUUAUUUCAGGCCCCGAAAUUACGGACAAAUCUCAGGAAGCCCGGGCGAUCACAAGAGAGUUUAACCGACGUCAAUAUUACCGGAGUUUCAACGUACAUUGUGAAAUUCCCCCGACGGAGGAGAUGCAGGCUGCCCAAGCGGUGCAUACACUAAUUGCAUUGCAUUCUGUCAACAGGUCCAACAAUGAGACGCAGCCCAUGCAUGGGGUGCAUUUCUCCUCCAAUACGUUUUCACCCUUGAUGAAACCUGAAACACUUAAAAUGAUGCCAGAGAAGUUUUCUUUUCGAGAUGGAGUAUUGGAUGUGGUUCUUCCCGCAGAUGCCAAUGAAACGACGAGGGUGUACUUUCGACCUUUACCAACAUGGAAGGAGUUUCAGCUGGAUGUCCGAAGACUGCGUCGACUGUCACACGAACGUGCGGUGCAACUUUAUGCAACAAAACGGUUAGAAAUGCUGGAGUGCAAGUUUAACCUCCAUGUUGCUCUCACAAACGAUGAUCAGGAGAAUCACGCCCGUGAUGCGCCUGUGCUGUUUGAGAAGGGUGAUCUGUACAAGUGUGUCAAGGUGGAUGUGCAUUGUCACAUGGCAGCCGGAAUGACGGCGAAGGAACUUUUGAGUUGCAUCAAGGAAAAGGUUCAAAAACACGCGGAUGAUGUGGUGGAUGUUGAACGUGGGACCGGUCGGUUUGUUACACUUGGAGAGUUGUUUACAAAACUGCGAACUUCUCCAGUGCAGGGGGCCGCUGUCAAUUUGGAGGAUCUUACGGUCGCCUCACUUAAAGUCAAGGCGGGGAAAGGUACCUUUAACCGCUUUGAUGAGUUUAAUGGUCGUUACAAUCCAUUUGGUAACUCUGCACUCCGCACCCUUUUUCUAAAGACGGAUAACUUCAUGGGUGGUCGUUAUUUUGCGGAAUUGAUACGUCAGACAUUUCGUCGUCAGGCCGAGGACGGCCAUGUCUUUUCGGAGUAUCGUCUCUCCAUCUACGGUCGACAGCGUCAUGAGUGGGACCAGCUGGCGCGUUGGAUGGUUUUGAAUCACGUGUCGCACUCUACAAAUCGUUGGAUGGUGCAAAUACCGCGGCUUUACUUUAUUUACCGCAAGAAUGGCAUCAUCUCCUCCUUUGAAGAGAUGCUGUCGAACAUAUUUGCACCGCUGUGGGAGGCGUCCAUGCAUCCAGAGGCGCACCCUUUUCUAAGUUACUUUCUCGCACACAUCAGUGGGUUUGACAUUGUUGACAACGAAAGUGAGCGCGAGCCGGACACCCUCAUUGAGACCCCACCAUCCCAAUGGACCGUCCUUGAUAACCCGCCCUUUACAUAUUGGGUGUAUUACAUGUGGGCGAAUAUCACUGCACUGAAUCGCUACCGUGCAGCACGGGGGUUCUCCACCUUUACAUUUCGUCCACAUGCGGGAGAGAGUGGAGAUCCGGAUCAUAUGGCGGAUGUGUUUUUUGUUGUCGAUGGGGUAAAUCACGGCAUUAACCUUAAGAGGUCACCUGUUCUGCAGUAUUUAUACUAUCUGGCACAAAUUCCUCUCGGUAUUACACCCCUAUCAAACAAUGCGCUCUUUUGCAAAUAUCGUGACAAUCCAUUUCCCAUAUUCUUCCGGCGUGGACUCAAUGUGGCACUCGCCACAGACGGAGCUCUCAUCUUCCACCACACCGAGCAACCACUGAUUGAGGAGUACAGCACAGCAGCAAAUUUUUGGAAUCUUUCCAUGGCAGAUGUGUGUGAGAUUGCCAAGAAUAGCGUGAUGAUGUCUGGAUUCCCAUCGUAUCGAAAGAAGGCCUGGUUGGGAAUCUUGUGCGAACUGCGCAGUGCGGCCGGCAACGAUGUGCGCCUGUCAAGGGUGCCACAUUCACGGUGCACAUUCCGGUAUGAAGUGUACAUGGAGGAACUUAGCCACCUGCAGAGAAAAGCCGCGUUGGACAUUCCACUGAAGCCGAUUAUGGAUGCGCAACUGGAAGGACUUUGCACGAUGGACGUGGUUGGCCUCACACGCGAGCAGGUCAUUGAGCGGCGCUUGAAUGGCCAACCCAUUGUGGCGGAUACAGAUACUGAGGCUGAUAAACAACAAAAGGUCCAUGACACUCAAAUGGUCCUUGUGCGACUUGGUCCACGCAUCACUGCGCCUUCACGACUAUGA